CGCAAAUCGAAUAGGGCGAAGUCCGUUCGACAUAGAGUCUAAAGGACAGAAAUUUUGAUUUUUUUGACUGAAAAGUGACAUAACGUCCCAUCUGCAUAACAGGUGCCACAGGGCAUUAUACAGGUCAUGAGAAAUCAGUCUGCCUAACCCUGCAGGUCAUCUUCACUGUCUAGAAAUGUCGUAUAAAAUUUUGAUAUGGAGACAUGUACAAAGGGUCUUCCUGCAUCACAUACAUAUCCGAUGGCAGCAUUAUUCUACUACUCAACCAACCUGAUCGUCGCGGUGUUGGUGUCAAAUAGUAUUGCUAUACUGUGCACCAUUGCCAGACUUGUUUACAGAGCCUGGACGCGUCACUUCUGGUGGGAAGAUGCAUGGGCGGCAGUUGCACUGAUAGCAGACGUUCUCUGCCUGAUGUGUCUCUGGCUCGACCAAAGAAUAACUUCCUGGAUCCUACCGGUAACGUUCACCUUCGUCCUGUGGGCUGCGCGCAUGAGCAUCAUUUUUUCCGUCAUCCGCAUCGCCAACCACUCGGGUCACAAGUUCCUUAAACAGAUCACGUAUAUCAUUUCAGUGUCCUUUGCAUGUAUGUGGGCAGCGCUGAUCGCCCAGAAGAUGACCGUAUGCGAACUUCGCUCGUGCAUAACGCUGCCGUCGGUGGCGCUCUUGGAACUGAUCACGGACUGCUUCGCGGAUAUUUCCCUCGUUGUUGCGCCACUGUAUCUCUGGCAUAACGUAGGACUCUCGCGUAGCAGACAAAUAUCAAUCCAAUCUGUGUUCAGCGCAUCUCUUCUAACCACCAUCGUCACAAUCAUCCACUCCAUAAACCUCUCCAUGGGCCACACGUCGACCACGCUUAUCUUCGCGUAUGUCAGAGCCGCCCUCAAUCUAUUCAUAUGCAAUAUCCUGGUGAUCGUGACCUUCUUAUACCGCAUGUGCUCAAAGAAAACGGUCGAUCUCGACCAAUCAUUUGCAUCUAAUCAAGUUUUCACGAGCGUCACCCUCACGCCGAUGCCCAGUAGCACAACCCCCCGAGACGUUAUUCUCUGUACAAGAGGAGACAACCUCGGGAUAGAGAAUUGCGAUACAGACCGGAGCGACGAAACCGAAGGGUGAAGAUGCAAAUAUAUAUGCCGAAGAGGGCACUGAUACUGAGCACUGAGGGAUGAGCAGGCAAUGAUCGAUCGAGAGGAAAGUUACGAAACAUGAUGGCAGCCCGCAUUCCCAUGUUUCCAUGUACAUAUAGAAAACAGCGUCUAUGAGGGGAGAAGUUGUGGUGUCAU